CGCCAAUUACUAUCACCUGGCGGGCAGCUACCGCAUUACCCACUGACGCCGCGCGCGCGACCACGCGCCCGCUGCUCCUCGCGGCCCGCUCCGCUUCUGUGACGCUCCGCUACCACCCGGCUCUGCACCGCAAUCGAUAUUCGCACGAGCGGCCGGCACCGGCACCCGUCGCGAGUGCAACCCCGACUAACCGCUCACAGCCUCCGCCGUCCGGUGUCCGUGUCCGGGAUGCACCGCCACUAGCUUGCUGUCAGGACAGUGCCAGCGAUCAUCAUCAUGCAACUGUGAAGUGUGUGCGGACAGUGACACAAACUUUAAAGACGUGAUUGUUUACAAAUUUACCAGAGUUCAACAGUGCAACAUGACGUCCCAAUUCGCCUUCCGAGGGUCUCCUCCAAAUCAGAGCACCAUAUCGACAGCCUCCAACAGUCCACCGCCGGCGCAGGCGGGGAUGAGCGGGGGUGCGAGCGGCGCCAGCGGCCCGGCCCGUCCGAGCUCGCCAGCGGCCGCCGCACCACGCUGCUGCGACACCGGCCGCCCUAUAUUCCAAGAUCCUAUUACUGGCCAGACUGUCUGCUCUUGCCAGUACGAGUUCCUCAACUACCAAAGGCUUGCGUCCGGCGUGCCACUGUCCAUGUACAGUGCACCCUACUCGGACGCAGCCGCAGCCACCGCAGCCGGGAUGGCUGCUUACUUCCCGGCACUGGCUGCUGAUCAGCCACCCUUUUACACCAAUGCUGCGGCAGGUAUAGAACUAAAGGAGAACCUGGCAGCUAGUGCAGCAAGUUGGCCUUACCCAUCAGUAUAUCAUCCUUACGACGCGGCCUUCGCUGGAUACCCCUUCAAUGGGUACGGAAUGGAUCUAAAUGGAGCAAGAAGAAAAAAUGCAACUCGGGAAACAACUAGUACAUUAAAAGCGUGGUUGAAUGAACACAAGAAGAAUCCUUAUCCAACAAAGGGUGAAAAAAUAAUGCUCGCAAUCAUAACGAAGAUGACGCUAACGCAAGUGUCGACAUGGUUUGCAAACGCACGUCGACGUCUUAAAAAGGAAAACAAAAUGACGUGGGAGCCUAGAAACAGGGUUGAUGAUGAUGACAAUAACAAUGACGAUGAUGACCACAAAAGUAAUGACGGAAAAGAUGCCUUAGAUGGAAAAGAUUCCGGUACGGGUUCAAGUGAAGACGGUGACAGACCGCAGCAAAGGUUAGAUUUAUUGGGUCAAAGAACUGAGUCCGAAUGGUCCGAGUCACGCGCCGAUAGCGGACCGGACUCACCUGAACCAUACGAAAGGCCUAUUCACCCUGCUUAUCAACAUUUACCGUCUCGAGCCCCUCCUGGUAGUACUCCAGCAUCAGCCAAACCAAGAAUAUGGUCCCUGGCUGACAUGGCAAGCAAAGAAGGUGACGCGCCUACGCCGCCUUCUUCGGCCUCAGCUUUCUACCAAUCCGCAGCAGCUGCGGCUGCCAGAUUGGCGCAUCCUUACGGAAGGCCAGACCUAUAUCGUGGCCUGUAUCCACCUACCCACCCUGCCGACGUAGCUCUGUUGGAGUAUUCACGUUCACUGGCAUUGGCAGCACCAGCGCCGGCUCCACCAGCACCUUCUCCGUCCUCAUCGUCGACCUCCUCACUUGCUGAUCCACCUCCCCCUUCCCGAGCUUGACCGCUAGCUCCUCGCCCGUCGCUGGCACAUCGACAAUAAAAGCGAUCUCGCCCAAGAGUGCCGCAAGGGCCUUCUCACGUGUAAAUAUCGAUUUUAGAAUAAAUGAAUAUGUAUACAUACGUAUAUAUACGUGAUAAUACAAAUAAUGUGCACCGGUAGAAAAGAUUAGAUUUGUGAUAGAGGACACUUGCGAGCGGCGUGAAGAUCGCCAGCCGCCGACCGCCACCCGUGAGGUUGACAACUCGCAAACGACGUCAGCGCGGUGCUGUGCCCGCGCCGCCGGCCGCGAGGCACGCACCCGCGCCGACCGACCGACAAUACUAGGUGCUAAAUCAAGUUGGACCUUGCGACAUGUUGCUGUAGUUAUUAUUGGAGGUGGUAAAAAAGUGAUUUAACUGAAAAAUAGGUAUUAUUAUGUUAUGUUUCUACUAAAUAAAGGGACUCUGUUUUAUACUAUUAUUUGUAGAGUGUAAAUUAUUACUUUCAAAAUAUUGUCUUUACACUUAUUUAGUGCCUAAUUACGUCCAACCUUCUAUUGUUUAAUAGUUUCUUAAAACACAUAACAAUCGAAUUCUAAUAUUUAUUGAUACGAGGUCAGUAGUGAUAGUUAUAACUUUUAUAGUAAGUUUUUUUUUAUAUUUACAAAAUACCAAUACAAUAUUUGUUGAGGUUUUUGAAAAAUCUGUAUAACUUAUUUCUAGUCAGAGGACUAUGAUUGUCUGUGUUAAGCAUUAAAUUAAAUUAUGUUAAAAUAAAUAAUUUUAAUUUUUCAAAGUACAUUUAUCAGUGAACAUCUAAUAGUAUUGUGGUUCGGUUACAGUUAGCAAACUCCUAUAAGAACAUAAAGAUGUUUCGUGAGUUUGUACAACUAAUGAUGUAAUAAUGAAUGACUACUACGGGAUCUUCCUCACGACGCGAUCAGAUAUCACAAGAGUGUGGUAAGGUAGGCAAUAAUACGCCACAUGUAACAUAAAGUUCCAUGUUUGUUAAUUUUUGACAACGUCAUAGCUCAUCAUUUCAUACAACGACCAUUCUUCAAAAUGAACAUUUUUACUUAUGCUGAAAUUCAGAUUUAGGUCUUUACUAUUUUAUUGUAUUACAGCUCGUUUCUAAUAUUUGGAGGAAAAAAGAUAUGGGCACUUGAAGUAGCGCUAUUAUGUACGAAAAUAGGCCCAGAACUGUAACACUUUUUUACUUAUACUGAAAAGUAAACCUUAUGAUCCUUAUCAUUUUAUAGUAUGACAUCUCGUUCAAAUACUUAUAUCGAGGAAAAAAGUUAUGGACACUAUACCUAUACUUAAAUUGUCCUUGUUUCGAUAUAGCAUGAAUUGCAUUGCGUCGUGAGGAAACUCGUUGCUUUUGACAUGGAGUUAUCUUUUAAAAACCACAUGAACAUCAACAGUAUCUGAAUUUAUUUUGUUUAGGUAGCUUAAAUUAUAUUAUAUACAAAUUAGAAAUUACUGCUGCAGUAGUCAUAAAUAAUAAAAAAAAAUAGAAAAAGAUACUCAACUCAAGGAUUGCCGUGUAAAAAUACUGCAUUUGAAUUUUGACAACCGAAAUAAAAGAGAAUAGUGAAAAUGUCUGACUGUACUAACCUACGCGAUACUUCACAUAAGUUACUUCUAAUCAUUUUAUUUCUUUAAUUUCCCAAAAUGCAGCAAAUGGCAAAACUGAAUGUUAUAAAUCUAAUAGGAAAGUUGAGAUGAGGGACCAAGGAUACCGAAAUUUUUGUACGAGAUACAAGUCGAAAGGCUUCUCAGGAAACCAUCAAGUCGACAAUUACUUUAUAGUAAAUGCUCCGAUGGUUUAGGUUGAUGUACAUUCAAGUUUUGCUUUCAAGAAACUUGUGGAGAAGUUCGCUUGAUGUGUAUUACAAUCAUCAUCCCUACACACUCAGCUUUGGUUAUUGAAAAUAUUCAUGAAUUGGUAUUUCUUGGAGUAAUUAAAUAAGUCUAAAAUGGCCUUGUAUAAUUGUAAUAAUGUUGAAGGAUUGUAUAGUUAUAUUCUUGAUUUGUUUUAAUUGUAACAUAUUUUUUUCAAUAUUGUAGAGACUGAAAGUCCAAAACUGAGUCUAUAGUUUUGUACAUAUGUCACCGUUGUAAGUAUAUAUUGUAAUUAUAACAUGAAUAUUUAAGCGAAGUGGCGCAAUAAAAUUUCUGUAUUAGCAGUACUUUCAAUGUAAAUAAAAUAUAUACGGAUGAAAGACGUCAUGUCAAGUGGUUCUGUAAACAACGAACAUUUAAAAAGUAUUCUAUAACUUAAAUUGCUUUCAACUGACAAAAUAAAGAUAUCAAUAGCUGAACGUGUAGAAGUACCUAUAGUAUACUUAUUAUUGUUACAUGAUUGUGUACUGUGAUUACUUUCCUUUUCUUUUUUGAGAAUAACUACCUUUUCUUGUGUAAUAAGUUAUAUACCUACGGUCUAAAGAGCUUGAGAUUAUUCAAUAUAAAUAAAACAUACCGAAGUUAAACAAGAGCACCUUGUAUUAAGUUAUGAUUUUACUACAUACAAACGUCUUUUAACCGUUACCCAGAAAGGUGUGUGAAUAG